CUUCCCCUCUCCUCUAAAAUUCGAUUAAAAAAUUAAGCCACUAUCUUCGCGCCUGGCGAGCUGUCCCUGGCAAGCAAGUAGCAUCAUCCCAUCUGACUUGCUAUUGUUGUCUGUUUUGUUCAACACUCUUGAGUAUUCAGAUUGAGAGAGAGAAACAAACAAAGAAAGAUGAUGAUCCGCAGUGCCAUCGCCAAAAGACUUGUCUCCUCAAACUCCUCCUCCUCCUCGUCUUCUUCUUCCUCUGGUUGGUCUUGGUUGUGCCAAAAGACUAGCAGCAGCAGAUCAUCGUCGUCGUUGGUGGGUCAAUGCCUGAACGAUGACAACAACAACAACAAUAAGCUUGAAUUUGAAUUUGAUGGCAUUGAGAAGACGAGUAAGAUUAGCAGCAGCAGGUGGUUUCACUCUGCCUCACUGGGUGGUGGUGGUGGGUUGCCUUCUUCCAUGAGGGCGGCUGUCUUCAGGGAACCCAACAAACCUCUAACCUUCGAGGAAUUUCACAUCCCUCACCCCAAAUCCGGUGAAAUUCUCGUCAAAACCAAGGCCUGCGGAGUUUGCCACUCUGAUCUCCAUGUUAUGAAAGGUGAGCUUCCAUUUGCUAGCCCUUGUGUCGUGGGGCAUGAGAUAACUGGUGAGGUUGUUGAACAUGGACCGGCUACAGACACCAAAACAAUAGCAAGAUUACCAAUUGGAUCUCGUGUUAUUGGAGCUUUCAUCAUGCCUUGUGGUAACUGUUCUUACUGUUCAAAGGGCCAUGAUGAUUUAUGUGAGGAUUUCUUUGCCUAUAACCGUGCAAAAGGGACCCUUUAUGAUGGCGAGACUCGGCUAUUCCUCCACGGCAGUGGAAAACCAGUAUACAUGUAUAGUAUGGGAGGCCUUGCUGAGUACUGUGUUGUGCCGGCAAAUGGAUUGACUAUUUUGCCGAAGUCAUUGCCAUACACAGAGUCUGCAAUUUUAGGAUGUGCAGUAUUUACUGCUUAUGGUGCUAUGGCUAAUGCAGCUGAGGUGCGUCCUGGGGAUUCAAUUGCUGUGAUUGGAAUUGGGGGUGUUGGAUCAAGCUGUUUGCAGAUAGCAAGAGCAUUUGGUGCCUCUGAUAUUAUUGCUGUGGAUGUUCAAGAUGAGAAACUGCAGAAAGCCAAGAUAUUUGGUGCUACUCAUGCAAUAAAUGCGGCUAAAGAAGACGCUGUUGGCAAAAUAAUGGAAAUAACUGGUGGAAAGGGUGUGGACGUCGCUGUGGAAGCCCUGGGAAGGCCACAGACUUUUUUGCAAUGUGUACAAAGUGUGAAAGAUGGAGGAAAAGCUGUAAUGAUUGGGCUUGCACAAACUGGUUCAGUUGGGGAAGUAGAUAUAAAUCGUCUUGUUCGUAGAAAGAUACAAAUCAUUGGAUCUUAUGGAGGAAGGGCAAGGCAGGAUCUUCCUAAGGUUGUGAGGUUGGCAGAAACAGGUGUAUUUGAUUUAACUAAUGCCGUUUCUAGAAAGUACACAUUCGAGGAGUCGAACAAUGCGUUCCAGGAUUUGAACAAGGGAAACAUUGUUGGCCGAGCAGUGAUUGAGAUAAUGUAGUUCUUUUCUCUCCAAGCGGCUGUUGUUGAUGCCAAAAGUCCACCUCAAGUACAAGCCCAAAUAGAAUCUGAAGCUGCAUUACUAAUGAAGCCUUGUUCAAUCCAUUUCUGCAUCUACCUUCAA